AUGUUUACUGCAACGAAUGAUUACUUCAUCUCACCAUCACCCGCUUCACCAUCGGGUCUAGUAUUCAAUCGACAACAUCAUCAUUCCCGUUAUCACCCAUACGAUCGAGUAUCAGCAUCUUAUUAUCCAACUAAUGAACUCGAAACCUAUUCAUACGAAAACAAUAAGAACAAUUCAACAACAGCAAACUACGAUCAUUCAAUCGCAUCAUAUGAUUAUAAUCUUGCUUGGACAACGCCUUGUUCUUCUGUUGACAGCGAAAUCAAUAUCGAAGGACAAAGACCCGUCGAACUACAAGUCGCACGACCAGGGUCUUCUUCUUGCUUCAAACGACGUGUAUCAGCUAAUAAAAAAGAACGGCGUCGUACACAAUCGAUAAAUACUGCAUUCUCCGAUCUACGUACAGCAAUACCGAAUGUUCAAGCCGACACAAAAUUAUCUAAAAUCAAAACUCUAAAAUUAGCUACGAAAUAUAUUGAAUAUUUAAUGGAUAUUCUAUCGAAAGAUGAUCCAUCAGCAAUGCCGGGUGCCUUCAAAGCUGAAAUCAUUAAAACCAGAAGAGAUUAUCGUGACGUAAUGAAGUUCGAUAAUUCAGUAGGAUCACGUAAAAUGAAAGGACGAACAGGUUGGCCACAAGCAGUUUGGCAGUCGGAAUUGAAUCGAAAUGAAAAUAUUAAUCAAUAUCAUUCAACGAAUGAUAAAAUGCUUUUAUCAUCACCCCACGCGCCUCACUUACUUUUGGAUGCAUCAACGGGAAGUCUAUCGAAUUCUCCGACAAUUUCACAUAGUAGCUCAUCAUCAAGUGCAAAAAUGAACAAAUCUCGUACAUAUGAGAAGCCAUACUCAAGAAAAUAA